GCCCCGGAGCUGCUGCUCCCGUUCCCACCCAUCCUCCUCCUCCUCCUCCAAGCCCCAGUGGCUCCGGCCCAGGGCAGAACAAUGUGGCCGGUCCGAGGCUCUGUGCAGCCCCCGUUUCUCAGCCAAGCGUACGCCAAGUGGGAAAUCCGGGGCAGAGUAACCUAGUUUCUGUGCUCACAAGGAGCUUUCUGUCCCGGCCAAGCAAGGUGGCGGGGACAGCGCUGCCCGCCCGGGGCUCGGUGUCGCGGCGGGCAGAUGGCGGCACCAGGGGAGGCAGGUAGGGAGGCCCCGGUGGUGACGGGAUGCGGACAGGAGGCCGGGGUUGUCCCCUCACCUUGUCCGCAGCGGGGUGCUGGGGCACCCCAGGUGCAGGUGCGGUGGUGAGGGUGUCUGGAUCUGGUGGGUUUCUGACCCGCAGCCGUCCUAGAGGAGUCUGGGUUGGAGAACGGAGCCAGCGGGGCGGCCGGACUGCUAGUGGGGUGAUGCUCGGCCCCACAGUCUGUUUGCAGGGUGAUGCUCAGCUCCACGGGACGAUGCUCAGGCCCAGUGCUGACCCACACCGGCAGGCAGGCGAUGUGGCAUCACUUCGCUCGAACCCUAAAGGUUUCCCCAGAGCCAGGAAGGGAGCCCGUGUGUCCGGGCACCCCGUAUCCCCCCACUUCAUCCCCAGGUGGUUGUGGAAAGCACCCCGGCUCCCAUCCCGCCUCCCUCCACUAGGCUUCGCUGCCCUCCUGGGGGGAACGCGCAGGCGAGGCGGGGAGCAGGCGCCUGCAUCCCCAACCUGCUGAGGCUCGUCCUCUUCCAGCAGGACUUUCUGGUUCCCAGAGGCCCUGGCGGGGCCACGCUGGGCUGGGCUGGGCUGCAGCGAGCCCUGCCACGAGCCGGGCUUGGAGCCUGGCAGCGCGGCCGGACCGUGGCCGGGUGCUGGGCAUGGGCCCGCGGGGGCCCCCCAGCCACAGCCCCCUGGGGCCAGGCACCCACUGGGCACCGAUGCUGCAGGGGCAGAGGUGAGCUGGCUCUGUCCUCACCGCCGGAGAGGGACGGUGCCGGGGCCCCCGAGAGGCGCGAGCCUGCCGCCCCCCGCCAUGCCCGCAGCCGCCCUCCGCCUGCUCUGCGGCGUGGUGGUGCCAGCCGCCAUGCUCUGUGCUGAGCCCCUGCCCCGCGUCGCCUUCCCCAGCGGGGACCCCCGGAGGACCCUGACCCGCUUCAGCCAGGACAACGUCUCCCACUACGACAUCUUCCUCCUGAGCGAGGGCGAGGAGGAGCUGUACGUGGGGGCUCGUGACAGGGUGCUGGCCCUGGCCGUGGGCGCCCCGGGCACCAUCCAUGCCAAAGCUUCGAUAACGUGGGGACCCACGGCUGAGAAAACCUCAGAGUGCGCUUUCAAGAAAAAGAGCCGGGAGACCGAGUGCUUCAAUUUCAUCCGGGUCCUCGUGGCCCUGAACCAGACCCACCUCUACGUCUGUGGCACCUACGCCUUCAGCCCGGCCUGCACCUACAUCCACCUGGAGAACUUCACGCUGGUGUCCAGCGGCAAAGGACAACCUUUCCUGGACGGGAAGGGCCAGUGCCCCUUCGACCCUCAGCACACCUACACGGCCCUGCUGGUGGAUGGCGAGCUCUACGCCGGCACCAUGAACAACUUCCAGGGCAACGAGCCCAUCAUCUCCCGCUCGCUGGGCAGCCGCACGCUGCUCAAGACGGACGCCUUCCUCCGCUGGCUCUCGGCCGAUGCCGCCUUCGUGGCUUCCGUCAGCAUCCCCAGCGAUGACAAGGUCUACUUCUUCUUCGAGGAGACUGCCGACGAGUUUGACUUCUUCGAGCGGCUCCUGGUGCCGCGGGUGGCCCGUGUCUGCAAGAGCGACGUCGGGGGGGACAAGGUGCUGCAGAAGAAGUGGACGACGUUCCUGAAGGCGCAGCUGGUGUGCUCGCAGCCCGGCCGCUUCCCCUUCAACGUCAUCCACCACGCCUUCGCCCUGCCCCGCCGCGGCGGCGGCGCCGACUUUUACGCCGUCUUCACCUCGCAGUGGCAAGCGGGCAGGGCGGGCAGCACGGCCGUCUGCGUCUACAGCCAGGAGGCUCUGGAGAAGGUCUUCGAGGGCAAGUACAAGGAGCUGAACAAGGAGAGCUCCCGCUGGACCGUCUACAGCGGCCCCAGCGUGAGCCCCCGGCCCGGGAGUUGCUCCAUGGGCCCCUCCUCAGACAAAGCCCUGACCUUCAUGAAGGACCAUUUCCUGAUGGACGGGAAGGUGGCCCCCACCCAGGGGCAGCCGCUACUGGUGAAGACGGACGUCAAGUACACGCGCAUCGCGGUGGACGAGACCCACGGCAUCUCGGGGGCCGUGUACCGUGUCAUGUUCCUGGCUACCGAGGACGGUUUCCUGCAUAAGGCGGUGGAGCUGCCUGCGGGCCCCCACAUCGUGGAGAGCAUCCAGCUCUUCAGCACGCCGGAGCCGGUGAAGAACCUGCUGCUGGCCCCAGGGAAGGGCAUCCUCUACAUCGGCUACUCCGGCGGCAUCCUGCAAGUGCCCCUGGCCAACUGCAGCCAGCACCGGAGCUGCGCUGAGUGCGUGCUGGCACGAGACCCCUAUUGCGCCUGGCACAUCGCCCGCAGCUCCUGCCAGCCUGCCCAGGCUGCCAGCGGGGACAAGAGCGGGUGGCUGCAGGAUGUCGAGGUGGGGAGCCCAGCCGCCGUGUGCCACCGCGGGAGGAGCCUGGCCAUGCCGCACACCCACGGCGUGCACGAGGGGCCGCCGGUAGAGAGUCUCAGCCCCUCGCUCAACGCUGUCGUGCGCCUGGCGUGCCCCCGCCACUCGGCCCUGGCCACCUACAGCUGGCAGCAGCCGGGGGGCUGGGGGGGCUCGGCGCUGCUCCCCAACCACACGCUGGUGGUCAUCAUGCAGCGCGGCAGCGCCGGCACCUACACCUGCCAGGCCACCGAGAACGGCUACACCUGGCCCGUGGCCCGCUACCAGCUGCAGGACCCCAGCGGGGCGGCCCCCCAAGACGGACUGGCCCAGGAGGGGCUGCCCUGGGGGACCGCGGCCGCCCCCGGCAGCCCCCGCUCCUACUGGCCCCAGUUCGUCACCGUCACCGUGCUGCUGGCCGUGACGCUGGCAGCCGGCGGCGGCCUGGCCCUCGCCGCCUACUGCGACCAGCUGAAGGCCAAGAGCAAGGUGCAGGGCUGCAGCGUGCCCAGCAGCCCCCCCGGCCGCCACCGGGAGAAGGCGCCGCUCAACGGGGGGGCCCGGGAGCCCCCCGCAGCCGGUGAGGAGGAGCGAGGGGGCUCCCGCGCCUGCUGCCUGCAGCUGGAUGGGGACAACGGCCCAGGGGACAGCACCGACACCGCUCGGCUCCCGGACACAGCGUGAUGAACGGGCCCGGUCCCCCGCCGCCAUCACCGCUUCGGCCCCGCUGGGGCUGGGGGAGGCCGCGGGAGCUGAGCCCCCGCUGGGCCAUGGAAGGAGGGGGGAGUAUGAAUGUGAAGUGUUUUUUUUGUUUGUUUUUUGUUUUUUUUUUUUGGUUUUGUUUUGUUUUAAUUUAAUACAAUUGUUUUAACAUGUGAUAACAUUUGGCCAUCACGGCGGGCGGGGGGAGCGCCAGGGCUGGCAGGGAGGUGGGGAGGGGGCAAGGGAGGGGCACGAGGACGGGGACGGGGUGAGGACGGGAUGUGGACAGGGCAGGGCACGGGGCUGCGGCAAGGCCACGGCCGUGGGGACGGGGCAGGCCGGGGACGUGGCUGUGAGGGGGUGGCGGUGUUGUCCCAGCCCCCUGCAGCCACGGCGCCCCCAGCCUCGCCCUGGGGCCCCCCCAAUUUCUUUCCGCUGCCCUGAGGGCUGCCCCCCGCCGCUCACUCGACUGUGUUUCGCCUUAUUUUUCCGCGGAAGGAACGGCUGUAAAUCCUCCUGCUCUUUGUACAGCUUUAUUUUGUAUUAAAAACCAAAAGGCACCGA